CACCCUGCAACACCGGCUACCAGCUUCUGCUCAUCAUCGGAUCCCCACAAUCGUGGACGCUAUCACCUGCGAACUGCACCAGAGGUCUUAGCCUCUGCUGGAACAAGCAAGAUGAAGUCCUGACAGCAUGCUUCACCAACCGGCUUCACUCACAUACCUGAACAUUCUUUCCCAACGCCAGUCCAGCCAGGCAAGGACCGCGUAUCGAGCAAGUACAUCGGAGAGUCGGGUGGUACGUUCCGACUUCGAGAUCCAAUCGCCUGAAGGAAGAACGCUACCAUGUCACAUAUCGCGCAAAGACCAUCGCCGCUGGCCUGCAAGGCUUGCCGAGAGAAACACUUGAAAUGCGAUGCAACCACUCCUGUAUGCUCACGGUGCCGCGAUCGUGGCCUUCAUUGCAGCUAUGUGGCGUCCAGAAGAGGAUGUGGUGGCAGGACCAAGAGGCAAGCGUCGGCCGGUCAGGUGCAGACACAAAUCCAGUCUCAACAAUCGCUUCCGACACUGGUUUCCAACCGUGCUGUACUCACUCCACAGACCAGCAUAGGUCAAGGAAGUUCUAGCGCGAGCGCCUCGGGAGGAGUCUCACCUGGCAAUUCGUGGUCUCAUCCCAGUGUUGAAGGCCAAGUUGUAUCUCCUCCCGGAUCGACUACAUCGUCUUGUCGAUCUUCGCUGCGCUCCGAGGACGAACAUCUGGUCAACCUAUACUAUGCCCACUUCCACCCGGAACAUCCGAUGCUAGUGCCUCGCAGUCGAUGGUAUAAUCAGAACUACCCGGAAUACCUUCAGCUGGUCGCGAAAUUUAUCGGAAGCCAGUAUGCGUCGAACAUCUCCAGCGACAGAAUAAGAUCGGUGGCUGCCGAGAGCCUCUCUGAGAAUAGCAACGACAAGAGCCCCGAGAUGGUUCAAGCAUCACUGCUUUAUUCAAUAUCUCUGCAUGCCCGCUACGAACCGAUGGAAGCGAUGGCGGCGAUUUCGAACGCUGCGGAUGUUGCGAUAGCAUUAGGAAUGCAUCACUCUGAGUUCAGUACGUCACAUGGCCACGGUGAUCCCAUCUAUGAGGAGAGCCUGCGGCGGACAUGGUGGGAGCUCUAUAUCACGGAUGGCUACUUCGCGUCUUUGCAUCGCCAAACGAACUUCAAGAGCAAUUCGGUCACUAUCACGACGCUACUGCCAUGCGAAGACCAGCUGUAUGACAGAUGUGGCGUGCCAUCUCAAUCUUUCUCUUUGCAGGACUAUGAUGGCCGCCUAUUCGCCGACGAAGACUGGCAGUUCUCAUCGGCGUCGUAUCGCAUUGACGCUGUACGCAUAUUGGCCAGGGUGAUUGACGUCUCGAGCGCGAACAAAGUUCACGCAGACAGCAUACAGUCUAUUGAUAAUGCAAUGGCAAGCUGGAAGUUCCAUUUGCCCAAUGACAAAGCUGGGAUUGUGGUGCACAGCGGGGAAGUUGAUCCAAUGAUGUUUCAGGCAUUCAUGCUCAUUUACAUUGGGAACAUCUUCCUGCACUUUCCGAGGAGUGAACUGCCCAUCACAAUGCCCGCGUCGGCCGAUAUCGCUUGUGCCCGGCGACACAUGGAGCAGGUCUCGCCAACAUCCUCCCAACACGCAGCGAAGGCUCUUUCAGCGUCGAAAGAUCUGGCAAAUCUGGCUGCAUUACCGGUGACAAGGUACUCUCCGUUCUUCAUCUGCAGCCUGGUCUUUGCGUGUGUAGUCCAACUUUCCGCCUGUUCGGCAUACCCCAAAGCCACGACCGAACCGAAUCGCGAUCGAGUCGCCCUCAUCAUUGGUGUCUUGAAAUCCGUGAGCCGCAAUUGGUCCAUCGCGAAAUACGUAUCACAACAGCUCAAAAAGGCAGCACAUGAGGUAUUCAAUCCUCGUGUGGAUGUCCCUUCCACGCAGUCAGUGUCGUCGUAUGACAGCGGCAUCGCUCAUAUGAACAUGGGUGGCAUCGACAUGAGCUGGUUCGAUAUGUUCUACAGCGACGGGAUGCAAGGCCUCGCAAUGGGCACUGGAGAGCUUGCAGGUCUGUGAAGAACUUGUUGAGCGCGAGAUUGAAGGCUAAGGAGAUAUCAAUAUGCACCCAUCGGCGACCGCUGCAAUCGCUGCCUGUCCAUUACGAUGGAUGCCCCAAAGCGAAUCCAAGAAAGAGUUUGCGCCAUGUCUAAGCAGCCGUAAGAUCGAUGUUCGCCAACUCCAUGCUCGCUCGUGGGUAUCAUGAAUGAGGAAAGACAUAGCACAUUGCCUCAACAGGCCGUUUCCAACGCGAAUCAAUGAAGUCGCGCCCAGUUCUCUGCAUUAUUCUCCGCCGCAUAGUUGAUCACCAACUUCCUGCCGGGCUCAGACUGGCCGACCUGCUGUUCUCCUCGCGCACAGACUGGUAUCAAGUGCGCCUUCCUCUGGGGUGGAGCAUCUCCACUCGUAUAGACCCGGAAGCUCUUCAAGUCAUGUAUGAGCAGGUCAUUCCGCGCUCGGAGUUCCAGAUCAUGUUUCGAUACACCGGCAAAGAUAUACUGCCCUACCACAAAAGCAUACAUUCCACCAGGGAACUGUAAGGCUGCCGCUCUCAGGCCGCCGAUCGAAAAGGACUGCCCGUCUGUGAGGUUGGCAUCGUCGUGUGUGGUGGCCCAUGUACUUCCAUCGUCGUUCUUCAUGCUGUACUUUCGCCUGAACAUUCUCUGGACCGCUACCAUGGUUCUUCCCAGGGUGAUUUUGGGGGCAUGGCCGGUCGACUGUAGUAGUUGUGCGCGGAGAUACCAGGCAGAUGAUGGAUGAUGUUUCGGUUCGUGAGUGUGGAGAAUACGAUCCACUAUAUAUCGAUUUUGCCGCACCACGGUCAGCACACGAUCGGCCGCUAUCGUCGAUAUGGUGGUUGCCGCAGGGGCGUUGUCGAGUUGAGGAUCGACAAUUACUGCAUGACGCGAUACCGGAUCUGCGACGACGAAUUGCCAUGUUCGCGAGAGCUCUUCGAAGAGGGCAUGGAUGAGAGGUGGAGGCUCCGGUCGAUUGUCCUCGGAUGCUUCGGUGGAGAAGGUGGUACCAGAGAACAACGAGCUGGGCGAGGAUGGCUCCGUCCUCGAGUAGUCUCUCGGCUUAUCAUCCAUCUCAGACUCGGAGGACUCAGAAGACGUCCGAUGCUCUUCAAGUGGCGGCAGCAGUAUCGCGUGUCGGUUGGGAUGGCUCCCUGCUCGGCGUAGACCUGACAUUCGAGGAGAGUCGGAGAGGUCUUCACAGGACGUGUAGGUUCUCAUUGGCAUUAAUCGUGCGUGGUUCGGCCAAUCGUCGGCAUCGGCUUGUGAGAAGUUCGGAGAGAAUCCGUUGGUUUUUUGACUCAGUUGGCGAUGUGAAUACCCAUGGGCAUGACCGAGCACCUGGACAUUUGGAGAGGGUCUAGUUCCUGUAUUCCAGCAAGGGUUGUUCACGGCAAUCGUCGUGCGUUGCUCUCCCUCUCCCCUUCACUCCCCUGGGGGUGGCGUGAUGCCGCACCCUGCGUCGUAUGUAAACCCAGCUCAAUUCACAGAUUGGUUAUCGAGGUCCCUGCAGAACCUGGCAUCUAGAUCCUGAAGAGUGGGUGUGCUUCCGUGCGCACUCAGUACCGUGUACACUGUGUGUAUAUACAUACACCUUGAAGCAGGCAGCAAUCACAU